AUGGAGAAAGGUUUGAAGCGGUCUUGUGUUACGGUGGUGGUUGCAUUCUUAUGCAUGGUUCAUGUUUCUGUCUCAGUUCCGUUCAUAAUGCUUCAUGGAAUCGCAGCUCAAUGUGCUGAUGGUACAAAUGAUAACUUCACACAUCUUCUCACUAACCUCUCUGGCUCUCCUGGCUCUUGCAUAGAAAUUGGCGAUGGAAGACACGAUUCAUGGUUCAUGCCACUCACACGACAAGCAGAAAUAGCAUGUGAGAAGGUAAAGCAAAUGAAAGAGUUGAGUCAAGGAUACAACAUCGUUGCAAGAUCUCAGGGGAACCUAGUGGCUCGAGGUUUGAUCGAGUUCUGCGACGGUGGACCUCCGGUUUACAACUAUAUAUCCUUGGCUGGUCCUCAUGCUGGCAUCUCCUCUGUUCCCAAGUGUCUUUCUGAUUUAUUUUGUGAGAUAGUAGAUGGGCUAAUCAAGGAAGGUGUCUAUAGCGACCUCGUUCAAGAUCGUCUUGCUCCUAGUGGUUAUUUCAAAGACCCUAUGGAUGUGGCAAAGUACCUGGAAAGCUCUAAGUAUCUACCUAAGCUUAGCAAUGAGAUACCAGAACAAAGAAACUCAACUUACAAAGAACGUUUCGCCAGUUUACACAAUCUGGUUCUUGUCAAGUUUCAGGACGAUACGAUUAUUGUUCCAAAUGAUUCAACUUGGUUCGGGUUUUAUCCGGAUGGUGACUUCGAACAUGUUCUCCCUGCUCAAAAGACAAAGCUCUAUACAGAGGAUUGGAUCGGUCUUAAAACAUUGGAUGUUGCUGGAAAAGUGAAGUUUGUAAGUGUGCCCGGCGAACACGUCAAAAUGGCCAAAGAAGAUGUCGUCAAAUACGUAGUACCAUAUCUCCAGAACAAACCGUCUCUCACACAAAGACUCAACCGCAAGACGAAGGAGCCCUUGCAUCCUUAGAAAUAGCACAUACCUCAAUU